GAAAGACCGAAAGUUAAGCUACGAUGCGAGUUGUGAUAUUAGUUUUUCUUGGAAUUUGGACUAACGCUUUAGCAGGAGAAAAUCUAUCAAUUCUUAAACGGGAGAUUUAUAGACUUUUCACCUUUUAUAUAGGUAUGACCACAAUUGGCCAUUCGUCAGAAUGCUCGCAGUUUCAUGCUGUCAUCGUAUGGAAUACAAACACGGAUGUGCAGGACAUAAGUUUUGUGUACCACAAACGCUUUUUAUACGCAUUAAUAUCUAACAUGCCGGAGGGUUCAUAUAUAGUUUUGAAAACAGGCGAUUUUAACACCGAGCUUGAUUUUAGAAAGGACUCAGGAUGGACAAACGAGUUGGAUGGAAUCACGUUUUCAUUUACCAAAGAAGCAAUGCCAUACUCAUUGCUGAGAAAAACUGUUAAAAUGCCCUUGGUCGACACGAAACAGCUGAUAUGGAUAUACAACUGUUCUUAUUAGUAAAUGAUAUAUCACGUUUAGACAACGAGGAGAAAGCUUUGGAAGCUCUAAUGAUAGUAAACACAUUUGUUGUAUUUACUGGAAUGAUGCAACCGCAAAAUAUUUGGACAGAUUUGGCCUCAGAUGAAAAACACUUAUAUAUAACUGACAGCACAAAUGAUGAAAAAUUCCUUAAUGGGACAGAACACUUCCUGAAUUUAUCUUGUCAAAAUUCAAGAUCGGAUUGUGGAAUAAGUAUGUAUCUGAACAAGAGCAGAUGCUACAAAUGUGCGUACAUUUGUGGACGGGUCAAGAACACCUUGAGUCAGUUCUGCCUAAAUACCUGCCCAUAUUUCGAUUGUCACCUUGAUAUGCCAAAAGAUUGCCACUGUGAUAUGUCAGAUUGUGAGAAAAGUUCCACGGACCCGUUGUUAUUUCAGCUGGUAAUCGUGUUGUUCACCGUUAUAGUAAUGGUACUUGGUGUACCUUUAACGUUGAUGAUGUGCAAAUACUUCGAAGCAUAUAAGGUACAGUCUACAGAUAAUCCAAAUUUUAAUCCAGCUUCAUUUUUUUACGAUCCCGGAUGA